UGCUGUCACUUACUCAGACGCCACGCCCAUCCAAACGCGCUCAAGGAAACCAACGACAGCAUUUCCUUCACUUGUUUACUAACAGAUCACGCAAGUUGUAAAGCUGUGGUUUGGUUCUGCUGAUACUUUCGAGAUGGCUUCCAGCUUCAGGAAACCCAGUGCCACAGUGAACCAGCGGAAGAGAGCAGGACCCAAACCAGAGCUGACAGAGGAGCAAAGGCAGGAGAUUAAAGAGGCGUUCGAUCUGUUCGACACAGACGGGUCUGGAAGCAUAGAUGUGAAGGAACUGAAGGUUGCUAUGAGAGCUCUGGGGUUUGAGCCAAAGAAAGAAGAGAUCAAAAAGAUGAUCGCUGAUAUUGAUAAAGAAGGAUCGGGCGUUAUCGACUUCAAUGAUUUCCUUUCGAUGAUGACACAGAAAAUGAGUGAGAAGGACUCAAAAGAAGAGAUCCUGAAGGCUUUCAGGCUUUUCGACGACGACUGCACAGGCAAAAUCUCUUUCAAAAAUCUGAAGCGAGUGGCCAAAGAGCUCGGGGAGAACCUCACAGACGAGGAGUUACAGGAAAUGAUCGACGAGGCCGACAGAGACGGUGACGGAGAGAUUAAUGAGCAGGAGUUUCUACGGAUCAUGAAAAAGACCAGUCUGUACUGAAUCCCUCGUAACCGGCACUAAAGCUAUUAUAUCUAUAAGCCUCUUAAGGGAAUUAAAGUGUCGUUUUGUGUCGCUUUCUUUUCUUUUUUUUACAUGGUUGUAAAAAAUAUUUUAAUCUAUACAUAUUUUGUAAACUAUUAAAUAAAAAUGUAUUUGCAUCUAUCCUGUCA